AUGGCGCUCCUGCAAGAAGAGCUGCUGAAGCAUCCGAAGGUGCAAGCAUCCCUGCGAGUGGCGGGCGAGAAGGCGCUCAAUGACCCAGGGGUGCAAAGCGCCUUGCUCACAGCUGCCAAGGAGAGCGGCGAAGAGAUUUUCAGCGUGGUCCGCACUCAGGUGACAGCCUGGGCCCAGGAUCCACAGGCGCAGGCGCGGGCCAAGGAGAUCGCCCGACAAGCUGCCGCCACAGCUGGGCAGGCCUUCAACCAAGCCGGGCAGAUGUUCGCGGAUCAGAUUGCGCAGGGCCCAGCCGGACUCCGCCUCCUGGCCUUUGCGGCGGCUGCCACAUCCUUGGCAGUGUGCGUCCUGGAGCUGAUGAGCGUGGAGAGUGUCCUCACGGGGCCGGCAAGAUGGGUGAUCUCGGGCUUUCAGGGCAUUUUCGCUGUGACGACCAUGCUCUUCGAGAUGCCAGCAGACUGGGUUGCCAUGGUUCCAGGGGUUACCCACUACCAGGACCUCAUCAUAGAUGAGGCGAAGUUCAUGACUCGAGCUGGAGGCAGAGGCCUGUUCUACAUUUUCCAGGGUGCGAUUUGGGCCUCCUUCGCUUCGCUGGUGUCCCUGGUGCACCUGGCAGCGGCUGCUGCGAUGCUGCUGGUGGGUACACUCCACGUGCUGAUGCAGUUCGGCAUCAUGCCCCAGAAUUUGGUGGAAAAGAUCAGGGAGAAGACGGCCUAUGGCGGGUACUCUCCGGUGUCCCAACAUGACACGUGA